GAAAAAAACAAUUUCAUACAAACCCCAUUUGAGGUCUCCAUCAAAAAGGUCCCUAUUUUCUUCCACAUCCAUCAUCACAACCCCAUAAGAACCACACUUUUCCUAAACACCCUUUUCAUUUUUCUCCAUUUUUCUUCCAUUCUUUUGCAUUUGUGACUUUCUUCCAUCACAACCCCAGAUGUGAUUCCACAAAACACUAGUGAAUCCAACCCAAAAUCUCCCAUCUUGUUAAAUUUCUGUUUCUUUCCCGACAAAACAAAAACAUGACAAAAAGGCCCUGAUUUCCUCUAGAUCCUCCAAAAAGCUCAAACCUUCAGUGUUUUCUUAACAUUGCAACCCCAGAUGGGAUUCCUGAAUCCAACCCAGAAUCUUCAAUCUUGUUAAAUUUCUGUUUCUCCCCCCAACAAAAGAAAAACAUGGCAAAAAGGUCCUGAAAUCUCUUCUUGAUCCUCCCUGAAAGCAGAAAAUCUCAAAAGCCAUGGCAAGUUCACUCCUUCAGACCAAAGAAAAGCCAUUCUUAUCCCCGACCGAGCAACAAUCCUACUUCAUUUCCCAGCCCCCACCAUCCCCACCACAAGAAUCCUUCAACUUCAACACAAAAGUAAGCCCAAGCAUAUUGCUCAUAAUAGUCAUCCUAGCCAUAAUCUUCUUCGUUUCUGGUUUACUCCAUCUUUUGGUCAGAUUCCUCUUAAGACCCCCAAACCGUGAUCGGGACGACUUAGAAAGCGUCAGUGCUCUCCAAGGCCAGCUUCAGCAACUUUUCCAUCUCCAUGACGCAGGGGUAGAUCAGUCUUUUAUUGACAAUUUACCGGUUUUUCAUUAUAAGGCCAUUAUAGGAUUGAAAAAUCCUUUUGAUUGUGCGGUUUGUUUGUGUGAGUUUGAUCCGGACGACAAGCUUAGACUCUUGCCCAAAUGCAGCCACGCUUUUCACAUGGAGUGUAUUGACACAUGGUUGCUUUCUCAUUCUACUUGCCCUUUGUGUAGAGCCAGUUUGUUGCAGGAUUUCUCACCAAACGACAACUUUUCUCCUGUCGUUUUGGUGCUCGAGUCCGGAAGCGAGAGUUCCAGAGAGAUUGCGGUGGAAAACGGCGGAGAGGUUGAGCAAGAGAUUUCGCCCGUUGAUGAAGGAGAAAAGGAGGAGUCCAAUCCGACGGCUGUGGUUGAAUGCAAGGAGAAGGAGAAAGUUGUGACUGUGAAGCUUGGGAAGUUUAGGAAUGUUGAUAAUGGUGAAGGAAGUAGUAGUAUUGCUAAUGAUUCGAGUAAUGUUGAUUCGAGAAGGUGUUUUUCAAUGGGGUCUUUUGCUUAUGUGAUGGACGAGAGUUCAGAUCUAAGAGUGCCCAUUAGAACGCCAUUGAAGAAGAGCUCGAACAAGAAGGCUUCUCUGCCGUCGAAGCCGGGGCUGAGCCGGGCGGCGAUAUCGGAAUGUGAUUGCGAGUCUCGAAGGGAAUUCGAGUUCAGUUCCGUUAAUUCUCUAAUGAAUGCUCGCGUUUCGAAAACAGAGAGCUUUUCCUCGUCCAAGCUCUCGGAUUCGCGAAACCCGAGGGAUUGUUCGAGGAGGGCUUUCUCUUUCAGGUUCCCUAUGCAGAGGAGCAGCAAUGGAGUUGCAGGGGAGGAUUUGAAGGGCAAAAAUGAAAAGUUUCCGAGAAGAACAGUGUCUGAGAUUGGCGCUGGGAGAUGGGAAAAUGAACGAACUGAAUUGGGUUUUGAAGAGGAAGAGAAUAGGAGUUGUUGUAAUAGUUUGGAUUCUCAGUCAAAUCCACCAUCUUUUGCAAGGAGGACUCUGCUUUGGCUUAUGGGGAGACAGAACAAGGUUGUUCAUUCAUCUUUUGAUGCUCCUAAUCCUUGAUUUUUGUUUUUAUUUAUUUAUUUUUGUUUUAUUUUUUGGUUUUAGAUAAAUAAUUAUUCUGUUUGGAACACACAAUUCGGGUGAUCUGUAGAAGGUGGAAAAAAAGAAAAGAAAAGAAAAGAAGAAACAUUGUGAAAGAAAGUAGUAGGAAAG